GUGCUUGGUCAAUGGCUACUUACAUUCUUCCUCUUAUUACCAACAAUCUUCAUGAAUUAUUAUGUUCAGCUGCCUGGUGAGCAAUAUUGUCUUAUUCCCUACACAGACAUUCGUACCUCGUUUUAUCCCAUCGGAAUACUCUAUUUGGAUCCAUUAGUUUUCAAAUGCUGAUCUUGUAUUUCGUCAUCAGGGAUAUCUCCUGCCAAGACCCGUGUGCUCGCGGCGUAGCGAUGCUAAGCAAUCAAACGAAUUCAAUCGAGGGAGAUAUGGGAAGAGAGUAUUCAGACAUGUCGAACUUAAGACGCUUGAUGUUCGUUGUUUGACACAAUAUAUGUUAAGACCGGAUCAAUGUUUAUGAAACCUGGUGUCUAAAGGUCUUCAAGGGUGCUCUUUCUUUUGGCUAACUUGAAAAGAUUUUAAAAGUAACAGCAGCACGACUUCCAGAAAAAGUGUGGUUUACGCACACAACUAAUUUCAAGAACAACGAAGUCUUUUUGAAUUAAGAAUAUAACAAGCCAUCUGCUACUCUAAAAAAUGUGUGGGUUACAUUUUGAAAACAGAAAAAGAAAACAUUUUAAUUUUGUUGUCAAAGUCUUAUGAAUUCUUAUAAAGUAAUUAUAUAAUCUAUCUUACCGAAUUCUUAUCAGAAUCUUUGGUAUCAUGGAAAACAGAAAUAUGAAAUUAAUUUGACUUAAAUCGUGUUUAUGAGAUAAAAUAUCCAAGACGUAUUCACAUGAUGAAAUAAAAACUAUUCUUUCAUGCUGAAUAGAGAAGUCAAAUUGAUUUCAUACCUCUGUUUUCCAUGAUACCGAAACAAUGUGACUAACCAUUGUAUGAAUACUCAAAAAUAGUUAACAUAUUUACUGAUCAAAAUGCUCUUGUUGAUUCAGCUAAACGAAGAGUUGGUUUACUUUUAAAAAAUAUGCAAACAUUUGGCGUUUAUAAUCAGAAUCUAAAAUAUACUCGUGAUCUCUCUAAAGUAUCCGCAUUAUUUCUUUGGUUUCAAUUGUUUAAAGAUGUCAUUUUAAAAAUAUGUCCAACACAACAGGAGCAAAGGAAGAAAUGAUCAAAAAGUGCCGAGAAUAUUACCACAGAAACGAAAAGCAACUGCAAAAUAUAGAGGAAUUUCAUAAGACUUAUAAAUCUUCGCAAGCAAUUCAAUGCUACACAAAACCAUGUAAAGCUUUUAAGAACAGAAGAUAUUGAUCAGUUAUAUAAGUUCCGAUUUUUUAUUAGGGGAUCUUUGUCUACGUCUUGCUGAGAAAUAUGAAGAGCUAAAAGGUCGACAGCCAUUUAUCAUGAUGAAACUGUAUCGUGGAGUUGCACUACCCAAUCAUGAAUUUGAAAACGUAAAACAGAGUGAGAACAAAUUAAUAUCGGCCAAUGGCUUCUUCUCUACAAGCCAAUCACGAGAGGUAGCUCUUUAUUUUGCUGGCGAACCGACAACAAACUCUACGCCACAAUCAGUUCUAUUUGAAAUUGAAUGUGACAUCCCGACCAAAAUGGCAAUAUUAGGAGAUAUAGCUGAAAUCAGUAACUUUACCUCAGAGAAAGAAAUUUUAUUUGAUCUCGGAGCAGCCUUUGAAAUUCAGACAAUCGAGCUAAAUUGA